AUGCAGACGCAGUCCCGCCUCGCCGUGAGCGGCGGCCGCAGCGGCAGCAACAGCAGCUCGGCCUCGGAGGACGAGCACGAGGCGGUGAUCCGCGAGCUGACGCGGGGCCACGAGCUGACGGCGCAGCUGCGGGCGGAGGCCCUGCGCGCGCUGCGCGGGCAGGGCCAGGCCGAGGCCACCGCCGCAUUCAUCCUGCAGGAGGUGUCCCGCGCCUUCACCGUCUGCCUCUCCAUCAUGAGCUCGCCCGCCCGUGCCCCGCCGUCGUCCCAACAGCCGCCGACGAUGGAAAUGGCGCCCGCGCCUGCCCUGGCCCCGCCGCGCCGGAGCCGGGACGACAGCAUCCCAAGAGAACAAAGGAUGACAUCCUCGCCGCACUUCGAUGGGUACCAGUGGAGGAAGUACGGCCAGAAGAGGAUCACCAAGACGCAGUUUCCGAGGUGCUACUUCAAGUGCAGCUUCCACCGCGAGCGCAGCUGCCGGGCCACCAAGCAGGUGCAGCAGUGCAGCAACGACGACCCGCCCCAGUACGUCGUCAUGUACUUCAACGAGCACACGUGCGACACGGCGGCCUGGGAGACCGCGCCCGCGGCGGCGGCGAGCUCGGGGAUGAUGCCGCUGGACGACCUGUCCGCGCUGGUGGCACGCCAGGGCCACGGCGUCCGCGCGCUGCUGGACGAACGCGGCGUCCAGGAGGAGCUCGAGCGCCGGCUGCUCGUCUCGUCGCUCGCCUGCGUGCUGGGGGGCCAGCAUCAUCAGUCUCCUGCGGGCAGCGCUGUUAACGUGGGGCAUGAGCAGGAGCCGCCGCCGCGGGCCCGCACGCGCGACGACGCGCCUACGUCUGCGCCUGCGGGCGUUGACGACGCGCCCGGUGAGAUGCCGCGCAUCAUUGACGAGGACGUGGCGGGGCUGGAUGUCAUGGACUACGAUGUGACGGACGUGCUGUGUUUCGUCGAUUCCUACGACCUACCUGGCGACGGUUUCCCGUUUUGA